UGUAAAAACAAGGAACUACAGGUUAUUUUGGUAAAAGAUGACGUGGAGUAUUUGGUGGGUGAAGAGGAGUUGAAGGAGCUAUCGACACCUUUACCUACAGAUGUCCCAGAGCAGGCUGAGCUGUCCAUGAACUCUGUCAUCGGUCUCACUUCUCCAAAAACCUUCAAGGUCGCAGGCACGAUCGGCCGUCAGGGAGUGGUGGUUCUCGUGGACAGCGGCGCAACCCAUAAUUUUAUGUCUGUGGAGGUUAUUACAAAGCUAGGGCUCAGACCGGUUCACACCUCGGGUUACGGGGUCUUCCUCGGCAACGGGCUAACGGUUCAAGGGGAAGGGAUCUGCCAAGCGGUAACCCUAUACGUCCAGAACUUGGCCAUUGUCGCCGACUUUCUCCCUCUCGAGCUCGGCAGCGCUGAUGUGGUGCUCGGUAUUCAGUGGCUCCGAACCCUUGGUCAAAUCCAGUUCAACUUUUCAAAGCUGGAGAUGCGAUUCUUUCAAGGCGCAACCCAAGUCACCAUUCAGGGAGAUCCUGGGUUAUAGAAUUCAUUGGUCUCCUUCA